UUUCAAUGGAAAGGAUUUGUUAAUUUGAUGCAGGGUCAUCUCCUCAAAUACGAAUCAGCUUCAGGAAAAGAGAAACCCUGUCCGAGCCAUGGACAAGGAGAGCUCGAGCCGUAAACGAAGAGAUCCCGACUCACAUCGCGAUAUAGAGAUGCCCAAAGACCAACAUAACCGCUCCAAGCAUGACGAAGACCGCCGCAGAUCUGACGAACUCCAUCAUCGCCGUCGGUCGGAUUCCAGAACCGAACGAGAGGGAAGCAAGGAUCGAUAUGCCCGCCGAGAGCGCGAGAGGUCUCCUUCCGUUGAGAGGAAAAAGAGGAAAGAGAGGGGGGAGAGUGAGGAGAGAAGCGAUAAGAGAACUAGGGUUUAUGAGGACAAUGGAAAGGAGAAGCGCAGAUUUGAAGAUGAUAAGAAGGGGGAAAAAGGUGAGGGACCGGGACAUGGUGGGAAAUCUGUAAAGAAAGAUGUAACUGAUGAGCACAAUAACAGUGGGAAUCGUGGCCAGCUUGGUUCUGUUGCCAAUGGUGCUGCAACUGGGCCAAUCACAACAUACUCUAACACUUCAUUUGAGACUUCUCCAGAUCGAAGCUUUUCUCCUGCUACUAAGGUAUAUUCAAUUACCAAGACAAAUGAAAAUAAGGGAGUUAUUAUGAACAGAUCUUAUGAGGUUCCUGGGAAAUCCAGUACAGAUGGGUCAGCUACUCAUGUCGGAAAGAGUGGGGGUUUGUCCCUUGAUGCUUUAGCAAAAGCUAAGAAAGCCUUACAAAUGCAGAAGGAGCUUGCACUAAGAAUGAAGAAGAUUCCUGCGUUGAACAGAGAUUCACCCUCAACUGGCAGUGGUAGUUCAAUAGUGGGUGAAAAGGAGGCUGCUAUGUUUGCUUCAUCCAAUAAAGGUAUAUUGCCGACUUCUGCUCCUCCAGUAUCUGCCUCAGUGGUUCCUUCUGCAGUUGCUUCAAGUGCUUCAACUUUACCAAUUGGCACGUCAAGUACAAUAACUCCUCCACAGAGUGGUUUGCCUAAUCUUCCUGGACUCACUCCACAAAAAUAUGAAGCUGUAAAACGUGCACAGGAGCUAGCUGCCAAGAUGGGAUUUAGACAAGACCCGGAGUUUGCUCCUCUCAUUAAUAUGUUUCCAGGUCAAAUGCCCCCAGAGGUCACCAUCCAACCAAAGCCUUCGAAAGCACCUGUUCUUCGUCUGGAUGCAUUGGGCAGGGAAGUGGAUGAGCACGGCAAUGUGGUGAAUGUUCCAAAAGUAAACAGCUUGAGUACUCUCAAGGUGAAUAUUAACAAGCAAAAGAAAGAAGCCUUUCAAAUUCUCAAGCCUGAACUUGAUGUGGAUCCCGAUAAAAAUCCUCAUUUCGAUUCUAGGAUGGGAAUUGAUAAAACUAAACUGUUGAGGCCUAAGAAGAUGACUUUUCAGUUUGUUGAGGAAGGCAAGUGGUCGAAAGAGGCUGAAAUUAUUAAAUUGAAGUCUCAAUUUGGGGAGGCAAAAGCAAAAGAGCUAAAGGCAAAACAAGCGCAGCUGGCCAAGGCCAAGGCUGAACCUGAUAUAAACCCAAAUCUGAUUGAAGUAGGAGAGAGGGUGAUUACCAAAGAAAAACAACGGGAACCUAUUCCUGAUGUGGAGGAUGUGACUUUUCUACAUUCUGGCACGUAUGGAGACGUGGUCGAUGGUGACAUAGACAAAGAAAAUAUCAAGACGGACAAGAUCACGAUCUACGUUGAACACCCUCGGCCGAUCGAGCCCCCUGCCGAGGCAGCACCCCCUCCACCGCAACCCCUGAAGCUAACCAAAAAGGAGCAGAAGAAACUUCGCACUCAGCGUAGGCUGGCCAGGGAGAAAGAACGACAGGAGAUGAUCAGGCUAGGCGUGCUCGAGCCCCCGAAGCCCAAAGUCAAGAUGAGCAACCUCAUGAAAGUCCUCGGCUCUGAGGCCACCCAGGACCCCACUCGGCUCGAGAUGGAGAUAAGAAGCGCUGCAGCCGAGCGCGAGCGGGCCCACAUCGACAGGAACGUGGCCCGCAAGCUGACUCCAGGCGAGCGCCGUGAAAAGAAGGAGAGAAAGUUGUUUGACGACUCGAAUGCUGUAUUAGAAACGAUUGUCUCUGUUUACAAGGUAAAUGACCUCUCUCACCCCCAGACACGUUUCAAGGUUGAUAUCAAUGCCCAGGAGAACAGGCUGACCGGAUGUGCGGUGAUUUCACAAGGGAUUAGCUUGGUGGUUGUUGAGGGUGGGGCCAAAUCGAUUAAGAGGUACGGGAAGCUUAUUCUUCGAAGGAUUGAUUGGGCUUCUGCUGUUAAGAAGGGUGAGGAUGAAAAUGACGGUGAGGAUGAUGAUGAUGAUGAUGAGAAACCUUUGAAUAAGUGUGUUCUUGUGUGGCAGGGGAGUGUGGCCAAACGGAAUUUCAAUAGAUUUUUGGUCCAGGAGUGCAGGACUGAGGCGGCUGCCCGUAAAUACUUUUCUGAUCACGGUGUUGGUCAUUAUUGGGAUCUUGCGGUUAAUUUCGUGGAGGAUACUAUGUAGAUUUGCAAUCUCAAGGAUGGGGGUGUUGAGUAUUUUGAAUCCAUUUUGGAUAUAUAUCUGAGUGUUGACUGUGACGGAGGAUUGUCAGAUUAUGGAGUUCUCAUUAUAUCUGCUUUUUUGUUUUAUUUGGGAACAUUCGUGGGUUAAAAUAAAGCAGUAUGUAGGCCGAACGUGAUCUUAAUAUUCUCGGCUGUAUCUUGUUAUUUACUCGUUGACAGUUUGUGCCCUUUAUUUUGAUGUGAAAUAUCUAUUGGUUGGAGGUGUGAUGGGUUCGAUUUCUGGGCUUUGUGUGCGGUCCCAUUUUUGGUGUCCCCAAGAUAGUUUAUGUAGAGCACAUCCAGAUGGGCUAAUAAUGUGGGAAGUACUUCUAUGUUUUCUAAUGUCUAAAACUUGGCUUGAGGGUUGCAUUUUCUGAGUUUUCGCUUUUAACCCGUGGACUUGUGGCAUUGGAGACUUGAUUGAGGGAGACGAAUUGAGUGGAGAAGGAGAAACAAAUGUGAGCUCUGUUGAGCGUCAUUUUCUUGCUCUUCAAUGUCAGGGCUUAGGGUUUUGCUUUGCAAACACGAUGAAGUAUCAAAGGUCUCCUUAAGCAUUCGUUUGCUUCUCUCAAAUUUACCAGCUGACAAGUUAAUUUGAAUGGGGUGUCAUAAAAAUGCUCACAAAUUUGGACUAUGAUGUCAAUUUAGUUAGUCUUAAAAUUGUAUCAAAUACACCCCAAAUUUUC